AGUCUCUGAGCGCCGCAGUCGGGGGCCUCGGCCGCGGCCGAGCUGUACCGGGGGCGAGCCAGCCCCGCUAGCGCCGUCUCCAGCUUGGAGCUGCCUGGGGACGCGGCUGAGUUCAGCCCACGUGCGUCCACGCCACGUCGCGGGGGGAACCCCGUAGCCGAGCCCCCGGGAUAGCGAUCCCGGGCGACCCGAAGUAGCCACCAAGUUCGGGCGAAGUUUGGCAGCGCCUCUCUUCACCCCCACGCGGCGUGCCGGGGCCGCGGAGGGCGGCGGCGGCCCCCUGGGAUGCGCCCUCCCGGCCGCCGCGGGGUCUCCACGGCGCCCCCGGCGCUACUGCUGCUGCCGCUGCUAGUGCCGCUGCUGGGGGCGCCGCGCGGCGUGGGCGCGGGGGCUGGUGCGCAGGCUGAGUUGCGGGUCCGCGUGCGGCUGCCCGACGGCCAGGUGACAGAGGAGAGCCUGCAGGCGGACAGCGACGCCGACAGCAUCAACCUGGAGCUGCGCAAGCCCGACGGUACCCUUGUCUCCUUCACCGCCGAUUUUAAGAAGGAUGUGAAGAUCUUCCGGGCCUUGAUCCUGGGGGAGCUGGAGAAGGGGCAGAGCCAGUUCCAGGCCCUCUGCUUUGUCACCCGGCUGCACCACAAUGAGAUCAUCCCCAGCGAGGCCAUGGCCAAGCUUCGGCAGAAAAACCCCCGGGCUGUGCGGCAGGCCGAGGAGGUGCGGGGCCUGGAGCAGCUGCACAUGGACAUCGCUGUCAACUUCAGCCAGGGGAGCCUGCUGAGCCCCCACCUCCGCAAUGUGUGUGCCGAGGCCGUGGACGCCAUCUACACUCGCCAGGAGGAUGUCCGGUUCUGGCUGGAGCAAGAUAUCAAGAUGAGCGGGGAUGUAGCCGAUUCCACAGAUGCUUGCAGGGCCCUCAGCCAGGUGGAGACAGGAAAUAAUCGAAAUGGCCUAGAUUUCAACAGACAGAUUAAAACCGAGGACCUCAGUGACUCCCUGCAGCAGACCCUCUCCCAUCGGCCAUGCCACCUGUCGCAAGGACCCACCAUGAUGUCUGGAAACCAGAUGUCUGGGCCAGUCAAUUCUAUGAUGUCUUUAUCUCCCCACGUGCAGGACAUGACUUCCCUCCAUCCACUACAACAGCUGGUGCUGGUUCCCGGCCACUUACAGUCUGUAUCCCAGUUCCUGCUCUCUCAGACCCAGCCUGGGCAGCAAAGUCUGCAGUCAAAUCUUCUCCCCUUUCCACAGCAACAAAGCGGUCUCCUCCUCCCUCAGACUGGGCCAGGCCUUACGUCCCAGGCUGUUGGGCGCCCUGGGCUGCCAGGAUCUUCUUUAGAAUCGCAUCUGGAAUCAUCCCAGCAUCUCCCGGUGCCCAAGCAUCUGCCUAGCUCUGGAGGGGCAGAUGAGCCUAGUGACCUUGAGGAGCUGGAGAAGUUUGCCAAGACGUUCAAACAGAGGCGUAUCAAGCUGGGAUUCACACAGGGAGAUGUGGGGCUGGCGAUGGGAAAGCUAUAUGGCAACGACUUCAGCCAGACUACAAUUUCACGAUUUGAGGCCCUCAAUCUGAGCUUCAAGAACAUGUGCAAGCUCAAACCACUGCUGGAGAAGUGGCUGAAUGAUGCAGAGUCCUCUCCUUCAGACUCCUCGGUGAGCACCCCCAGCUCUUACCCCACCCUCACUGAAGUAUUUGGGAGGAAGAGGAAGAAACGGACCAGCAUUGAGACCAACAUCCGCCUGACUCUGGAAAAGAGAUUUCAAGAUAACCCAAAGCCCAGCUCGGAGGAGAUCUCCAUGAUUGCAGAGCAGUUGUCCAUGGAGAAGGAGGUGGUGAGGGUCUGGUUCUGCAACCGUCGCCAAAAGGAGAAGCGAAUCAACUGCCCUGUGGCCACACCUAUCAAAUCAUCCAUCUACAAUUCCCGGCUGGUCUCUCCCUCAGGGUCUCUGGGCCCUCUUUCUGUCCCUCCUGUCCACAGCACCAUGCCUAGAACAGUCACAUCAUCCUGUUCCCCUGUGAACAACAGCAGGCCUUCGUCUCCUGGCUCAGGACUCCAUGCCAGCAGCCCCACCGCAUCUCAAAAUAACUCAAAGGCAGCAGUGAACUCCUCCUCCAAUUUUAACUCUUCAGGAUCUUGGUACCGAUGGAAUCAUCCCACCUACCUCCACUGAGACCAAAAAUUUUUUCCUACUCCACCUGGCCCUGUAUUCCCCACUGGAAGGGAGUCACACCUUCUAUGCAUGGACAGAUUGCUUUAAGAAGAGUGGAGGAGAAUCCCCACUACCAAUGAACCCACACUCUUGCCUUCUUCAGGAGCAAGGGCCUCCGGAGAUCCAAACUGUGAUUGAACCAUGUGCUGACUCUUAAUGCUCUUGAAAUAUAUAUCCCUUGCUAGGAGUUUGCCACUUUUACCUUCCUUGCCCUUGUCUUCUAGUUCUAAAUAUUUUAGAUGGCUUCACUGUGGCAAUAGUCUUUCAGAGAAAGGACUUCUUGGCCAUUAUUCUCCAAGUCAUCUAUGGGAUUCUGGAGAUAGCUAUUUGCCUCGUGUGCCCAACUACCAGAAGGGGAGAUAAUCGUUUUGACUCUGAACUUAGCCACAAUCCCUGAACGGAUCCCAAAACCUGUGAAAAGAUUGGAAUCUGAUGUUUCCACCAAAGCUUUGAUGUUUUCUCUGUUCAGCAGUUUUCUGACUGAUUCUUCAUUUUACUCCAUUUUCUCUUUAACUCCUUGUUUUCUAGAACCAGAUCCAUUCGUUAUUGUAUUCUCCAAGUUCCCUCCUCUUUCUAGAAGGCUGAGCCACCCCUGGUCCCCUGGGCACAUUUCUCAUCCACAGGUGCUCUUCUGUCUGCUUGCCUUGCCCCAGAGCUUCGGCAAGCUCUCCGUCUCCAUGUUUCUUUUUCUCCCUCUCCUUGUUUCUCCAUAUCCUGUCCUUUUCCUCUUCUCCC